GCUGCAGCUCCGGGACGGUAGGGGGCGGUAAAUCACGUAAUGGUCGCUGUUACAUCGCGGGACUGUGAAAACAUGUGGACCUCGCUGUAGCUGUGCAUUGGUGAAGUGCUCCUGUUUUUGCUUGCGUUCGUCUGAAGCAGACGUCCUCCCCUAGGGAAUGUCUGAAAGCAGCAGUGAAGAUGAAAACUCCGAUAGACUGAAAGAGGCGGUGUGGAGCUUUCGACCACAUGAUGGCAGCAGGAUGAAUGGAGACGGCGGAGCUUCUUGUCCUUACUGUCUUACUCAGUGCUGGUUUUGCCUCACAGAUGGAGACAGCAGCCCCAGCAGACGAAGUCAGAGAACCGAUGUUUCAAAGCAUGAACAUGAUGGGAAUGAGCUCGGGACAACACCAGAAUUUCAGUCCCAUGUGGCAAAAAAGUUAGGAGCCUUUUUGGACGGGUGUAUUUCAGAAGUUUUUUCUGAAACUGUUGACUCCAAACCUGGUCAGUCCAAAAACAGAGAUGAAGAGGAUCAAGAAAGUUUCCGUCUCUUCUCCACAUCCGCUCCUGGAAAUUGGAUGGAGGAACCACUUCCUCCACCUCCUAAAAGGAGACCAACUCCCAGCUCUAGUGACAGUGACAGUGAGAUGGAAAUGAGGUGUAGAGAAGCCGCUGUGUCUGUGUCAGACAUCCUCGCCUCUGCAGCCCAACUUGCAGCGAAAACUGAGGAGAAAAGUACAACAAAAGAGUCAGCAGAGGAAAGCACCGUCACUAAAAAGAAGAAGAAGAAAAAGAAGAAAAAAAGAAAAGCAUCCACAGAGAGAAGGGAGGAGAACAUUAUCCAUGUAUCAGAGAAACAGUCUAAUAGAGAAGGAACAGAAGAGCAAACAACUGUGGUGGAAAAUUUGACAAAGAAAAAAAAGAAGAAAAGGAUAAAGUUGGAGGAGGGCAGAAAGGACUGUGAUGAAUGAAAGGCUUUAUUUGAAGUAAUAGACCUCAGUCAUGGUAGCGCCAUAUUUAAUUUGGACCGGAAUAAAAACGAGACUGUGAAGAAGUGCUGUGCGUUUAAUGGAUUGUACUGUUGUUUAAAAACAGUGUUCAGCUGAUGAAACGUCUUUCUGAAACAAAAAAUUCAAUAGACAAAAACGGUUUUGAAAGUUUUCAAGAGUUGUGAAAAUUAUGUGAUCUAGGACCUUUAUACAGUCUUGUUUUCAUAUGCGUAAAAUUCAGUAUGGUGACUAACUUGACUAAGGUCUAUAAUACUGUAAAUGCUGUUCUUGAUGUUUGUAUAAUUUUUUUAUGACAUUCAUUGUGUUCUAACAGUUGACUGUGAAAUUUAGAGAAAGCUCUAAAUUUGCAAGAAAUGGGUUUUCAAGCUAUAAAUCCCCCCCAAACAUCAAUAAACUGUUUAUUUUGCCAUUUUACUA